ACCAAACGCCAAAGCGACCCAUCUCCUCCCUCCCAUCCGAUCUCCAUCUCCAUCCUCCAGUCCUUCCUAUCCCCGUCUCCGCUAGUCCCCCUUCCGAGCGAGACAGCAGCGCAAACCCUCCCUCCCUCCCCCACCCGCCGCAGCCUCGAUUCGCCGCCUAGGUCCGUCCGGCGAGGGAGGGCGGGAGGAGCGGCGGCUGGCGGCCAUGUGGCCCGGCUGCGGCGGCCGCUUCUACUGGGCGCCCGCGCCGCCGUCCGGGGCGCGGGGCGUCGUGGUCGUGUUCGCGUGGGUGUGGAGCGACGAGGCGCAGCUGCGCCCGUUCGUCGAGCUCUACGCCUCGCUCGGCUGGCGCUGCCUCGUCUGCCACCCCGACCUCGUGUCGCUGUAUCUCUCUGAGAAAGCGGCAACAUUGGCAUGUGGUGUUAUUAGUGAGCUGGCAAAGGAAUUGAAAGUAAAGCCAUUGCCAACUGUGCUUGCUUCUUUUUCUGGUGGCUCAAAGGGAUGCAUGUACAAGGUUAUUCAGUUACUAGACGGAAGAUGUGAAGGAGAUGCAACGAUGAAGGACUAUCGGUUAGUUAGAAAUUGUAUCUCUGGCCAAAUUUAUGACUCUGGCCCAGUGGAUUUUGUGAGCGAUGUGGGCACACAGUUUCUUCAAAAUCCUGUGAUUGGCACUUCAUCUCAACCAUCCAUGCUACGUUCCUUCAUGGCAAAGGCUCUGGCGUCUGGAAUGGAUACUCUCUUCCCAAGCAGAAUUGAAGCUCAGCGUGCAGAAUAUUGGCACACGCUAUACUCAUCAGCAGGGUUGGGUUCAGUUCUUAUAUUUUGCUCGGAAGGUGAUGAUCUUGCUCCAUGCCAUGUUGUCUGUGGUUUCGCCAGGCGUUUGGUCGAACUAGGCACAGAUGUUAAAGUAAUCAAGUGGAGUGAUUCCCCUCAUACUGGCCAUUACAAGUUGCAUGAAGUGGAAUACAGAACUGCUGUAGAUGAUAUACUGAAGAAAGCUCUUGUCACCUUCUGCCACAGAAGCCAGCUGAAGGGCACUAGUGCAUGGGAUCAGGAGUACAAGAUAGCACACUGUGUGUGCAAUCUACACAAUGUGGCUGCCAAUUCAAAUGAGAGCCUGAGAAGGGUAGCCAACAGUCCCAGCGACCAUUUCUUCUUGCCAAGUUCAAAGGACCAUCAUGAUUCUAGGGAACCAGAUUCUCUGAUUGAGGAGCAGAAACGGUCACUACCCUAUCCAGCCAGGAUGGAGCCUCAAGGAGUCCUUGGCCAAAUUAUGUUUGAUGUUUGUGUUCCGAAAAAUGUUGAAGGAUGGGACAUCAAGCCAACAGUGUCUCCGAAUGGACGACCAACAUUGGCUUCUGCACGGCAACUGGGUCCGUUCAAUCCCAUCAAGUACCUCCGCCGUUCAAGGCUAUAGUUUGUGUUUGCUGCAAAGAAGAGUUUUGUGUAUAUAAUGGAGGCAAUAUGUUAAAUACCGAUUAUGAGCAAGCUUUCACCUAUGUAAGUUCCCUCAAUAUUCGACUUAUUAGUUGUUUCUUUUUAUGCCUUUUGGCGAGAGGAUGUACAUAUCCUAUGUAUAUUUUACUGGUGUAUGUUAGAAGGGAGUUGGCAUAGGUUCUAGCAAAGCUGUUAAGGCGUGCUAACAAUAUAGGGAAGGGACCGCAGUAUUAUUUCCUUGUAAGUUUAUUUUGUGUCUAAUAUGACCUAAGCUAACUAUCGGGAGAACCAUAUUUUCUUUUGAA